CCCUCUAAAUCUAAAAGGAAAGAUAGCUUUAUUCAAGAUGUUGAUAUUUCCCAAAUUAAUUUAUCCAUUAACAAACUUGCCAAUUUUAAUUAAACAUAAUGACAUUAAGAAACUGGAUUCAGUACUGAAUAGUUUUAUAUGGAGUGGUAAGAAACCUAAAAUUGCCCUAUCCAAAUUGCGAGGCCCCUAUGCUUUAGGUGGCCUAAAGUUACCUAAUUUCAGAAUCUUUAACUUAGCUGCAAUUACUAGAUACCUUAUUGAGUGGACGUUUAAAGGAGACAAAUUUACAAAUCCUGCUCUUGAACUUUUUCCCACAUCCACCUCCCACAUUUUAAAUAUCCUCCAUUUGAAAUGGAAGGAUGUUCCUUUUGAAUGUAAAGUAAACCCUCUAUUUAGGGACUCAAUUUUUACAUGGAAAUUGCUAUUCUCCAGUCACAAUUUUAAUCAUAUGCAGACUCCUUUCAUGCCAAUUCAUCUCCUUUGGAAAAACUCACAACCCGGAUACUACUCCUUACUUUCCCUCUCUAAAAAACGCCAUCCUCUUAUGAUUAGAGACUUUGUGGAUCCUACUAAUGGGAAACUUCUUUCUUGGGCAGUUUUAAAAAGACAACUUGGUUUGAAGAUUGGAGAUCACUUUCUCUAUAUUAUUGUAAAAAGCGCUUUUCUUUCAGUUGCCAACAAAAACCUCUAUGCUAUUCAGAAACAUUGGUUAGCUGAGGAGCUAGCUAAAAUAGAAGAUAACUGGGGGAUCUUAAAUAUAGAUUAUAUAACAUGGAAACUUUGGUGUCCCCCUUUUAGAAUAAUGCACCCUCUUAAAGAUGCAGCUUUAAAAUGGACAAAUUAUUUGCAUUGUGAAAUUACCCCUUCCCAAUUGUCCUCUUCUAUUACAAAAUUUAACAAGUAUUUUACCUCAGAGGACUGGAGAGUCCAGCAUUUCAAACUGAUCCACCUGGAAUACGGGAAGCUUUUUCGCAAAAGUAGGGGAUUGGGUCAUGUCUCAUUUUGCCCAAAAUGUAAGCAUGAGAAUGUAGACCUGUUCCAUUACUUUUGGGACUAAAAGACUUCAUUAGUUCAAAGUUGAAAAUAUGCUUUAAUUUCUCUCCAGCUUAUGUCCUCUUAAAUAUUGGCUCACCUUCUUUCUCUAAGAUAAAUCAAUGCAAUGCCAAUGUUAAAAUGUUAGCCAACUUAAUCCUUCGUUUUGUUGCUGCUACGAAAAAAACUUUAUUCUUAUAUUGGCUUUUAGAAUCUCCCCCCUCCAUGAAAGAUAUUUUAUCACAGAUAAAUAAUUUGUGUUGGCAAGAAGCUAUAUGGGCAAAAACAGCUGAACCACAUUUAAAGCGCAAAUUCAUGGAUGACUGGUCUCUUUUUUUCAAACUAAUCGAUCCUGGUCAAAAAACUAAAGUCUUAGAACUAUUACAAAUCUAAAUAUAUUGAAAUGUAAGGUGGCUUUAUCAGUUCAUGCAUAUUUUGGAUACUUGAUACUGCCAUUUUUGUUGAUAAUUCUUUUUACAUUAAUUAGUAAAUCCACUGAGUGAAGUUUGGUUUAUUAUUGUUUCUUUACUUCAUUAUUUUAUUUACUAUGUUAAUUAUUUUCCUUUGGAAUGUGUGCUUUU